AUGGGUUUUGGUGAGAAUUUUAUUGACCUUGUGUGGAGAAUAAUGCGCAACAACUGGUAUUCUGUUAUUAUUAAUGGGUACAGGCAUGAUUUUUUCAAGUCAACAAGGGGUCUCAAACAAGGUGAUCCGUUAUCGCCGUCCUUAUUUAUUUUAGGGGAAGAGGUGGUGUCUCGGAUGCUUAAUAUGCUUCAUCAACAACAGCAUUACAAGAAUUUUCAAAUGGAAAGUAGAGGGCCACAGAUUAAUCAUCUCAGCUUUGCGGAUGAUAUCAUUAUCUUCUCUUCCACCACUAGAGAUACUCUCCAUAUGAUUAUGAAAACUCUUGCCACAUAUGUAAGCAAGGAGACAUUAUGGGGUCGAUUCUUGAGAGUAAAAUACUGUCAAAGGGCUCAUCCAGUAGCAAAAAAACUACGCACGGGGCAAUCUUUGGUUUGGAAUUUUAUGAUGAAAAAUAAAGCCAUUGCCGAAUCCCAAAUUCAAUGGAGAAUCAACUCUGGCAUCAGCUCAUUUUGGUGGGAUGAUUGGUUAGGAGAUGACCCUCUUACUCCUCAAUGCAAUCAUAUCACGAGCCUAAACAACACCACUAUUUCUCCUUUUCUAAUUAAUGGAAGUUGGAACGAAACAUUGCUUCGACAAUGGGUUCCUCCAUUACUGAUUUCAAAAGUUUUGAAUAUUGACAUUAAGUUUCAGGAACACAUGCUGGACGAGAGAGUCAGGAAAACUUCUGAGAAAGGGCAGUUCUCCUGUGCUACUGCCUGGGAACACAUUCGUCAUAGGAAGGAGAAAAAUAAUUGUAGUAAGAACAUCUGGCAUAAGUUAAUCCUGUUUAAAAUUUCUUUGUUAGUGUGGAGGACAUUGCGUUGUAAGCUCCCCACUAACGAAAGAAUUAUUAAAUUUGGGAGGGAGGCAGCCCAAUGUUCCUGCUGUUACAGCCCUGGGGAAGACACCAUAGAUCAUAUAUUUGUAACUGGUCAUUUUGAUAACAAUAUUUGGAGGUUCUUUUCUGCAGCUGCAGGGCUGCAAAAUGAGCACUCCACAAUUCACACACUACUGCAGAAAUGGAGGAACCUGGCGCAGGCAACUGAUUUGCAGAAGCUGGCAACCAGGGUGCUGCCAGUCAUCAUUCUCUGA